AUGGCUUCCAACAGCGCCAACGCAGCAAUGACACGAGCCAAGCUCUUCGACCUGAAGGGCAGAGUAGCUCUGGUCACCGGUGGCGGUUCUGGUAUCGGUCUCAUGGCGACACAAGCCCUCGUUUCCAACGGAGCGAAGGUAUACAUCACAGGACGUACCAAGGAGAAGCUCGAGAAGGUAGCAAAGCAGUACUCGGAGGGCAAGGAAUCGAUCAUCCCGAUUGAGUGCGACGUCUCGGACAAGAGCCAGAUUGCAAACCUCGUGAAGGAGAUCGAAUCCCGCGAGAAGUGCCUCUGCAUUCUCGUCAAUAACGCCGGCAUUAGUGGCAACACGCUACAGACCGAGGCCGAGUCCGCGUCGGAGAUGAAGAAGAAUCUCUUCGACAACGACAAGUCUACUUUCGAAGACUGGACAGACGUGUACCGCACCAACGUCGCCCAGAUCUACUUCAUGACAACCGCCUUCCUGCCCCUGCUGCAGCAGUCUUCGGAGCGCCACCCGGGUUGGUCUGGAACUGUGAUCAACAUCUCGUCGAUCAGUGGCCUGGUCAAGACCGCUCAGCACCACUUCCAGUACAACGCCAGCAAGGCUGCGGCCAUCCACCUGACCCGCAUGCUGUCCAGCGAGAUUGCCGGCAACAAGCUGAAGGUCCGCGUCAACUCUAUCGCGCCGGGUGUGUUCCCCAGCGAGAUGACGACCGACGGCAGUGGGGAGGACCAGAAGAGCUCCAUCCCGAAGGACCAGUUCGAGGGCAAGGUGCCUGCCGGUCGACCGGGCAAGGACGAGGAUAUGGCGCAGUCGAUUCUGUUUUUCGCCGCUAACCAGUACCUGAACGGUCAGACUGUUGCGGUCGAUGGUGGGUACACCAUCAUGGCCGGAGAGUAA